UAGCCUAGAGUCUAGACGAGAACUUAGACGUCGCUUAUUUAGUUGUUGUGAUUUACGUUCACCAAGAUGGAAAACAUGAAAUUCGUUCUUUUAUUGGUGACCUUGAUGACAUUGAUGGUUCUGGCUCGCUGUGGCCCUUGGUGUGGAAGUGGAGAGUUCAAGGCCGCUCACAGGUGCGAGCCGUGUAGGAACGGAACCUACCAGGACGAAGUGAGGCACCAGGAAAAGGAAUGCAAGCCAUGUCAAGACGCUGACGUCACAAAGGGUGAGCAGAUCAGCCAGGCAUGCACGUCGAGGUCAAGGUCAGUCCUCGGCUGUAAGGCGGGCUACUACAUCAAAGGUCGAGGUGACCUGGGGACGGUGACCUGUCGCAGGUGUACCCAGUGCAGGAGCCUGUACGUGGCCCGACACUGUGGUGGACAGUCUGACACCAUCUGCUGUCCCAGACCUGGCAUGAAGGCCUUUAAGGUUGAGAAUGACGUCAUCCAGUGUUUCCGAGAAGAGCCAACAAAGAGGAUCACGUUUACAAAGUCAGUCGUUUGUGAAGACAACGAGGUGACACUGAGACUGAAAUGUCAGGCCAGAGGAUUCCCCCGGAGGAUCCAGCUAGUGCAGCCAGAGUCUGGGAGAGUCUAUGACGAUUGGCACAACACGAAACGGAGACUCAGGGAAAACGUGACGCUUUAUAAUUACGACUUUCCGAACCUCGGAAAAAACGAGAUUUUUGCCUGUAUCGUCAUGUUCAAAGAUGGAAGUAAUCGGAUGAAGACGAUGAGAUUUAAAGAUACUUGUACUGGUUGAUAUAAUAAUCAACAUUCGUACUUUCUAUAAUAGUCGCUAGAAUUAAGAACUAUCGAUGUGUCUCCCAUUAAUUAAUGCAUUUUGUAUUUACACAGUACAUAUAUUUGCACUUUUUUUUGCUUUAUUUCCACUAGAUUAAAAGGGUUUUUGUAUUAAGAAGUGUAGCUAUUUCAGCUUGUAUGCUCUGGAGGUCAGAAGCUAGAGGUGCUGUACUUCAUAAGGUCAUAUGUCAUCUGCCAGUCCUGUACCACAAUGAGGCUGUCCUCCAUGAAAGCACUCAACAGCUCUGUGGGCAGCUUGUACACGUGUCUCUCGUCAACCAGGACGACAACCCGCGCAGGGUUGGCUGGUGUCUGAGCGUAGACGGCAGCCCUGAAGGUAAACAUCAUCCAAUCGUCAUGCAGGAACUGCGGGUUGUACACCAGCAAGAUUCGCCAGCUGGAGUUGAUGGCCUCAACUAUCCCGCGCGCGGUGUCUAGACAGGGCAAAAGGUCACGGUCACGUAGGAAUGACGUCAUGUGCAGCUUGUCUUCUAUAAAUUCUCGCAGCGGAUGGCAGGCAAAUCUGUAAUCUCUGUCAGCGUAUUCAGC